CGACGAGCAGUAGUGCGUGAGAUCCUGGUGUGAGUGGUGUGUGUAUUUCGUCCCCAUGAUCGACUCGUAUGAGACUUGGAUCUGAUUCGUUCUAAAGCCGUUUAUUAUUUACUAUUGCGCGUUAUUCAUGUAAGAGAGGUGCAGUGAAGAGGCUGUGGCUGAAGAUGGCGUCGCUACGGAUUAUGCUGAUCCGAGGGUCGUUGUUGGUGAACAUGUUGGUGCUUACUUACCUCUGCAUAACAUGGCUGUCUGUUAGUGAACACCGCACUCCCAAUUCCCCUCCAUCGCAGUCUCACUAUCGCUCCCUCGAAGCCAUUGUAGAGCAGGUUAGUGGUCGCUCCCCUCUGUACAGUCCCCCUUAUGAUUCCAAAAGAAAUGAAGUCCCACUUGAGGUUUUGCGACACAAUGAAGACAAACUUUCGAGCGCCUCUAUAAAAGAUUCAGGCACUGGAAAUGUUGAUGUGAUAAGAGAUGACCAAGCCACUAGGGAGGAUAUUGGAGAUCCUGACAAAAAUGACAUGCUGCUAGAUGGUAAAACUAAAGGCUCUAAAGAGGAGUCAGCUAUCGAGAAGGCUAAUAUUGCUUUAGCCGAAAGAGAAAGUCAACUCAAGAUGAACCCUUAUUACGACCCUCAGUUUAAAGAACCUCCUCGCGAGGUGCAGGAAAGCCAAGGCGUCACCGAACAAUUGCAUGCACUCGUCAUCCCUACCGAUGCCCCUGACCCUCCACCUGAUUCCUUGGAGAAAAAAAUGUAUCCUGACUUCCGGGGUUGUGCAUCUCGUCCCCUAGUGCCGUUCCACAGUCAGCACGGCGAGUUUUGGAUCCUUGAGAACUACAUCCCUGCUGCCUUGCCCUUCCGGUGUGAUGAGUCCAUCACGUACACCACCCACGGGGACUACACCUUCCUCGACAACCUAGAGACACUCACCUCCAGGUGGCAGGGGCCAGUGAGCAUCAGCGUAUACGCUCCUGGGAACGACUUCGAAGUGACCAUAUCGACCAUCCUGUACCUCAGAGACUGCUGGGCGGAGGGCAUCAAGAAAUUUGUUACUUUCCACCUAAUUUAUCACACCGACCACAUCCCCAAAAAGAUCCCGACGACAGAGGAGUUGUUGGGUCGCAAGAUGGACUGCAGCGUCGAGCCUCCCAAGUGGUCUAACGUCACCACGUACCGGCAACAGAAGAAGCUCCUCUACCCCGUCAACGUCGCCAGGAACGUUGCCAGAAGAAUGGCGUCGACGUACUUUGUCUUCCCGUCAGACGUCGAACUCUACCCUUCCGUUAAUUUUAUACCAGAAUUUUUCAAAAUGCUCAAGAAGCCCGACGUCUCUAACACGACUCAGCCGCGGGUGUUCGUGUUCUCGAUCUUCGAGGUGGAAGAAAGUUCCUCUCCUCCCGAGACCAAAGCGGAAGAGACCAAAGCGGAACUCAUCAAGAUGCUUGAUAGCAAGAAAGCUAUUCCUUUCCAUCAACGUGUUUGUGCCAGCUGCCACAACAUCCCCCAUUCUAAG